ACUGCUCUGUCUUGUCGGUCAGCUCCCCCCCCGCCGCCAUGUUCGCCGGGAGUGCCGAGCGGGAGAACGCGCUGCCCCCGCGGCGGGAGGAGGAGGAGGCGGGGACCGGGGAGGGGCGGAGGCCGAGCCGCCGGGACCUGAGCCUGAACCCCGCGGCCGGAAGGAAGGUUCUCGGGGUCUUACACAGCAACAACGGCCCUCAGCCCCGCGGCAAACAGGUUUCUUCAACACAAGGAUUUGUUUGGAGCAAUGAUGAAAAUUCUGGUGAGAUCCCAGCGGCAAAGGUGGCAGCAAAGCCUUCAUUUACAAUCCACGUGGAUGAUUCGUGUGGCGUGGAUGAGCCAGAUGGCCAUUUCAAGAGGAACAAAGUCAGGGGUGUAGAAUGUGUUGCAAGUCUGGGACUAAAUCCAACUGUACUGUCAUUGGGAACACGUCAGCCUUUAGCUCCUAUUGAGUGUCCUCCAGAUGUCAGUUUUGAUUCUCCCAUGCUACUGGAUACAUCUACACCAGGCUGUGAAGAAAAACAAGCAAACGUUAAUGCUGUACCUGAAUAUGCGGACGAUAUUCACAAGUACCUAAGAGAAAUGGAGCUGAAAUGUAGACCUAAAGCUGGCUACAUGAAGAAACAGCCAGAUAUAACCAACAGCAUGAGGGCUAUCCUCGUUGACUGGCUGGUGGAAGUCGGGGAAGAGUACAAAUUGCAGAAUGAAACUCUAUACCUGGCAGUUAACUACAUUGACCGGUUCCUGUCCUCCAUGUCAGUGCUUCGAGGGAAACUACAACUCGUAGGAACGGCUGCUAUGCUGUUGGCAUCAAAGUUUGAAGAAAUCUAUCCGCCCGAGGUUGCUGAGUUUGUGUACAUAACCGACGACACCUACACCAAGAAGCAGGUUCUGCGCAUGGAGCACCUGAUUCUCAAAGUUCUGUCAUUUGACUUGGCAGCACCGACCAUUAACCAGUUUCUCGGCCAAUAUCGUGGGCGGGAGGAAGCCAGCAGUAAGGUUGUGAGUCUCUCUUUGUAUCUUGCAGAGCUCAGCUUGAUCGAUUCUGAACCAUAUCUGAAGUACUUGCCUUCUACCAUUGCUGCGUCUACCUUUUGUCUGGCUAACUACACAAUCAAUAAAGUCGGCUGGCCGAAAUCACUAGUUCAAUUGACUGGCUACACUUUGGAAAGCAUAAUGCCUUGUGUGACUGACCUCUACCAAACCUACCUCAAAGCAUCGGAACAUGCACAGCAAGCAGUGCGGGAAAAGUAUAAGACCUCUAAAUAUCACUGUGCGUCUCUCAUUGACCCACUGCCAUCAUUGGACCAGCUUCUUUAGUGGAGUGCGAACCCCUUUACCUUGUACGUUAUACCUCCGCAGAACCUGGGGACAAUUGCACAGCUCAGUUAUCUUUCACGAAGAAAAUGAUGAUCUUCUGAUCAGUUUGCCACAGUGGUUGUCAGCACUUGAUAGCUGCAGUUCAUGUCAGCAGUAAUGUGGUGACUUUCUUAUGGUAUUGCAUGCAAGAGUUGGAGCCAGUUUUAUACGUUUAUGAAUUAUGAACUUAUGUGCAAUCCUAUUGCAGUUUUAAUUUUUUUUAAAUAUUUUUAGGUUACUAAAAUAACUAAACUCAGAUUAACCAAUAGAAUAACCAGUUAUGUAAUUCACUUGGGAAACCAUGUGCAUAUAGAUUUUUUUUAUUGAAAAUAAAUCGCUAUUAGUUUUUUUUGGAAGAUUGCUGAUGUAUGAAAAUGUUUUUUUUAAAAAAAAAGAACUGCUGGAUUUUAACAAAUGUUAUCUUCAAGUGAGCAAGACGUCCAAGUGGUCAGUUUCACCCAAUCCUGUAGAUGGCUUAAGACUGUUUGGGAAGACAUUUGAACUAGGGAGGUGGGGAGGUGGGGUGUUCAUAGACUCCACUAUGGCUGAGUUGUGUAUGACCGAAAUGUAGGUUUCUUUCAAAUUCAGUUUUAGAAUCGCUUUGGGGUGGAAUGUGCAUUAACUACAUUUGCUUGCUCUUAAUUCUAUUAGUUGGCUUUGAUUGAGUAUGGAUGAUGCACUUUUUGUUAAAAGAUUUUUUAACAACUUUUCUGUCAUGUAGGCCCAAUUUACUUGCCAUUUAGAGGAAUAGGAGUAUUCCGUACAAACGUCUUUAGAUUUUAAAAAUCUGCCCCAAUAUCUACAUAAUACUUCAUUUAGUUCAAAUUUUUUUGCUUUCGUAAUUUGUUCUUUUCAUCUACCCAUGCAAAUUGAGGCAGAUAUUUUAAAAAUAUUAAGUACCAUAUUUGCAAUGUUCUUUUUGCAUCGGUUAAGGUAGAACAUGGUGAUUUUUCAGGUGAGUAGUUGAAAUCUAUCUGCAUAAAGAAUGAUUUUUGUUCCUUUUGAGUUGGGCAUCGCAUUCCUCUCAUUUGCGUAAUUCUGUGCUAAACUGAUGGCUAUGGAUCAUUGACAACCUUUUUGUGCCUGAACAUUUAUGCCUUCGUGGCAACAUUAGCUGUUGCAGUAAAAAAGAACAAUCUAGCCUUUCAUUUGAGGAUGUCUACUUUCUGUUGAUUUCCACAUAUAAAUUAUGGAACAUGCAACAAAUUUAGCAAUAAACAAGUACUAGAACCAA